UGCGUGCACGUUAAAUACAUUUUGGAUCCUCCGAAUUCGUCGUAUUCGGAUGAAGUUCAAAUUAUAGUUUGCUUUUAUCCCGACUUUUUUUUUUAAAUUUCAACGAAUAUUUCACGAUGAUUUUUCAAAUAUUUUGCAUUUUCGCACUGUUUUCUGUGUGUCAAUCAUCAGACGAAGAAACGUCGUUAACAUUUGCUGAUAUUCUGCCUGAGGAUCCAAAAACUUAUGACAAAAUGCGACCACCCAACAAGGAUGGCCGCCCAACUGUCGUUUAUUUCCAUGUUACCGUUAUGGGAUUGGAUUCCAUCGACGAAAAUAGUAUGACCUAUGCGGCUGACAUUUUUUUCGCACAAACAUGGAAAGAUCAUCGUCUUCGACUUCCCGAGAAUAUGACCUCGGAGUAUCGGUUGAUUGAAGUGGAUUGGUUAAAAAAUAUGUGGCGACCUGACUCUUUCUUCAAAAAUGCAAAAUCGGUAACAUUUCAAACGAUGACCAUUCCAAAUCAUUAUAUGUGGAUGUAUAAAGACAAAACAAUAUUAUAUAUGGUAAAAUUGACUCUGCGUCUAUCAUGCGCUAUGAAUUUCGCAAUCUACCCCCAUGAUACCCAGGAAUGUAAAUUGCAAAUGGAGAGUUUGUCGCAUACUACUGAUGACAUGAUUUUUCAAUGGGAUCCAAGUGUGCCGCUAGUUGUUGACGAUAACAUCGAACUGCCUCAAUUAGCGCUAAUGAAAAAUCAUACGGCUGACUGCACUCAGGUUUAUUCAACUGGCAAUUUUACAUGCCUAGAAGUGGUUUUUGUGCUAAAACGACGACUUGGUUAUUACUUAUUCCACACAUACAUUCCAACUUGUUUGAUCGUUAUCAUGUCUUGGGUCUCAUUUUGGAUAAAGCCUGAGGCAGCACCAGCAAGAGUCACUCUGGGCGUUACAUCAUUACUUACCUUAUCGACUCAGCAUGCCAAAUCGCAGGCAUCAUUGCCACCAGUUUCAUAUUUGAAAGCCGUCGAUGCAUUCAUGUCUGUGUGCACUAUUUUUGUGUUCAUGGCUCUGAUGGAGUAUUGUUUGGUCAACAUUGUGCUUGGUGACACAACAAUUCCAAAAAUAAAUAAGAACAAACAGCAACCACCACCGCCGCCUGUUGGAGCAGCAGUAGCAGCUCAAACGGCGAGAGAAUUUACAUAUGCGCCCACUAAGAGUUUUCAUAGAGAUCGCACCGAAAGCGUCGAUUCCAAUAAUCCCUGGAUUCAUCGGCAAUCGAUUCGUGCAACGAACGCAGGUUCGUUUACAUUGGCCACGCCACGUGGAAGUUCGGUUCCUGCGGUCGAGGAUGUCCCAAUGUUAACACCACAACAGAACCGUUUGCGUCGAGCAAUGCUCAUUGAUAAAUUUUCACGCGGAUUCUUUCCAUUCCUGUUCACACUUCUGAAUGUCAUCUAUUGGAUUCUAUUCUAUGAAUAUCUGUAGAGAUUUAAUGCUUGUAAUUAAUUGAAAUCAAAUUUAACGAAUCGUCGUCUACCAACUAAUUAAUAAAGGAGCCGUAGAGAA